AUGGCGCUUGCCAUGGCACUGGCGUGGGUAGUUUCCUGGGACCCAGGGGCAGGCAGGCAGGCGCAAGUGCAGGCGUCUGCUGUCGCCCAGAACCCCGACUUCAACCCCGUCAACAAGCCCAGCCCGAACGAGCAGAUCCCCGCUGGUUCGACUUACAAGAUUGAGUGGACCGCCCCUGCCAAGUUCGCUGGUGUCACCAUCAAGAUCGCUCUCAUCGGUGGCGAGACCCAGCAGACCCAGGUCCCUCUCCUCGACAUUGCCUCCGGCAUUCCCAACUCGGCUCUCUCGUACGAGUGGAAGGUCCCCGCCGACAUUGGCGGCAAGAAGUUCUACGGCCUCGUCCUGACUUCGGAGGCCAACGCCGCCGACUGGCAGUUCUCCAACCCCUUCGUCAUCACCGCCGGCUCGGGCUCGGGCUCCAAGGCCCCUACCUACGGCGCUGGCAGCAGCACCGUCGUUGUCACCACCUCUGUUGCACCGCCAUCGUCACCCUGUCCGCCGUUCCCACGACCUCUGUGGCCGCCCGCCGGCGGUUCCCGUGCCACCACCCACACCACCCUCGUCGUGGCCUCGACCACCGCCCCCGUCAUUGUGCAGCCCACCGAGUCUGCCCCCGUCACGGUUCCCCAGAACGGUGCCGGCCAGGCCAAGGCCAGCGUCUUCGCCGUUCUCGGCGGUGUCGCCCUUGCCGCCCUCCUGUAA